GCCUAUUAUGAACAAAACAAAGCUAAUACAGCAUUGGUUGUAAAGCCGUCUGUCAUUAUGUUUUGUCAUUCAGGUAAAAAGACUGUAAUAAGAAACCAGCAACAAAAGUGCCAUGAGAAAGCACGCCGACAGAAAUAUAAAUACAUAAAGACGAUACAUACCUAAGAAACAUUAUGACCACAAGCUGUUCAAGAUAGCCUGCGUGUGCGUAGGCAAUCAAGAGCCUAUUCAGUGCUGAGCGGAUGUCAUGAAUCAAGCUAUACCCUGAGCCAAGCUUUACUUAGACGUUCCCUGUCCCGCAAAGUUUUGCGAAUUUUUCAGUCGUCAGCCAGCUCGGCACUCGCUGGGUUGGAUUGCCCGGCUUUUUGUCGAUCUCGUUAGUUCCGUUCCGGCCACGUUAUGCCCGAACAGUGGACUCGGCACUUGACAACACCGCACGCCGAGCCGAUAAGGUGGGAAAUUGCCGACUGACCACCGCGAGAAGUGACGUAGCCAUCGCCCGAUCUGCCCUAUAAAACGGCGACCCGGCACAGGAGUGUCCACACAGUGCCAGCCAGCAGCCCUCAGCAGCUCUCAGCAGGUCCCAGCAGCAGCUUCCAGCCAAGAUGAACGCCAUUCAGAUGACGCUUCUGGUGUGCGGCCUGGCCGCGUCAGCCCUCGCCAGCCCCGCCGCCAAACUGCUGCCCGAGACGCCAUUCAUCAGCUGUGGUGCCGACACCAUCAAGACCCUGAAGGUGGUGGGCUGCGCCAGUCUGCCGUGCAUCCUGCGACGGGGAACCACUGUCACACUCAACGUCGACAUCGUCUCCAACUCUGACACGGCGACUCUGGCGUCGGAGAUUUACGGCAACCUCAACGGUGUCCUGGUGCCCUUCAGCGCCGACGACCAGGCCUGCAGCUCUCUGACGUCCGGCUCGUGCCCGCUGUCGAGCGGCGACGAGUUCGGCUUCACCACCAGUGUGGACGUGCUGAACGAGUACCCGCCCGUCUCCGUCACCAUCGAAUGGCGCCUCAAGGACGCCAGCGGAGCCCAGAUGGCCUGCGCCCAGAUCCCCGCCCGCAUCAUGUAGACGAGAGGAGAUCUCACUCAGACUCCACGACGCUCAACAUGGGGCCAGACGCGUGCCGCGAAGAGCGGUUCGCGAUGUCUUCCACGAAGUGUGGUAUGACAUGGCUUUGUAAUGUUGUAGCGCGGAGGGAGGUUGGCUACCACGCGAUUUUUGCUGCUGCGCCAACGACGGCUCUGACCCAUGUGGGAGGGAGCCCUGAAGGCUAGCAGAGGAACCGUCAAACGUAUAUUUCAUCUACUUAUUUAUUUCACCGUCUUCGUCCAUACUGUUGUAUCACCUCUCUCGUGUAGUAGGUAAUACAUAUUAUCAGUGCAAGAA